AUGUCGCAAGAUCGAUCCCAAGCCUGGAGAAUCCGGAAUCACGCCCAAGGGGUUUGCACUGAUGAGGGUAUCGAUCAAAACCUUUCGCUCGAGGAAGUGCCUAAGCCCAGUCCGAAGGAAGGCCAGGUUCUUGUCCGAAUCCACGCUACCUCUCUCAACUACCGAGACCUUUUGGUUGUGACUUCGGACCCCGUAUACCUUGGCGGAGGUCCCGAUGAUGGCAUAAUCCCACUCGGCGAUGCCGGCCAGACUCAGGCCGUCUUUGACAUUAAGGUCGGUCUGGGUGGAAAGAGCAUCGACGGAGUUUUGCAGCAAUAUGCUGUCUUUGACGAUGAUGCACUGGCUCCCCUGCCCUCUCACUUGUCCUUUGAGGAAGCUGCAGCUCUUAGCGGCCCUUAUGUGUCGGCUUGGAACGCGCUGUUCGGAGGCCCUCAGCAACUGAAGAAGAGAGACACUGUGGUAAUUCAGGGUACUGGUGGUGUGAGUGUUGCUGGGAUACAGAUCGCUGUCGCUGCCGGGGCUGAUGUCAUCGCCUUCUCAACGUCAGAGGAGAAACUCGAUCUCCUUCGUAAACUUGGUGCUAAGCAUGUCAUCAGUUACAAAAACAUGCUCAACUGGAGCCGGGAGGUUCUCGACUUGACUGGUGGCCGUGGUGCUGACCAAGUCCUUGACGUUGUUGGUGCUUCAACCAUUGUAGAGUCAUUGCGUGCGCUACGACAGGAUGGCCUGGUAUCGGCCAUUGGGUUCAUGUCUGCCUCUGAGAAACACGAUCUAAUUCCAGAGCUCAUUUUUGGUGCCAAGACAAUUCGAGGCUUGAUGUACGGCAGCCUGGGUAUGCUUCAGGAUCUGAGUGCCUUUGUUGAGAAACACGAGAUCAGACCAAUCAUUGCUGAAGCUUAUGAGUGGAAAGAUGCCAAACUGGCUUAUAAAGCCAUGCUUGCCCAAGAGUUUGUUGGGAAGAUUGUGAUCAAGGUCGAGUAA